CUUUUCAACCAGAAUUUGGGGAAGGAGCAUUGACAUUGAACGUCAAAGAGGCCCAUACCUGACUUCACCUCGUGACGCCUCAUGGAACGGGACGGCUCGGAAAUUGUUAAUGACACCUCGGACUGCCUUGGCCCUGAUCAUAGAUUCUUCAUUUCUUUCACCCUUUGUACACUAUAAGCCUGUAAAUCAUGGGCUGCUAUUCGCGACUCCGGUAGCAACUAACAUACCGCCAAGUUUGCGAACAACGCACUACUCUAUGUUUCUGUGACACGAUACCGACGCCAGUUCGUCACAGCAGACAUCGCGAUAUAUCGUUUAAUUGUCUUUGACCAAACAACUUUCCUUCUCGCACAACUCAAGAAAUACACCACAAAACCUUUGAAAAACGAAAGGAACCGGUCAUACAGUGCCAUGGAUUCUCAACAAGAAGACCCCAACAAGCUUAAACUUGAAGUAUCAGAGCAACACCACAACAACGACGAUGGACAACAAUCUACAACACUAAUCACGGAUACUCAUGGAGAUGUCGCCUACCCUGCUCCUAUCCCACGCCCAAUACAAUCCCCCGAAAGUCCGUUGUCGCCGCGAAGCCCAAAGGAGAACAUCGACCCUGGCGACGGCGUUAAACAAACACCAGUCCAGUCAGAGCCUGCACAUCUGCCAACGGCAGACGAUUCAAUCUCACCUAAGAAGUCGCCAGCCCAAAAGAGUCGACCGAGACCGACCAAGUCCUGGCAGACUGAGCAACCGCGGCGCGCUCAUCACCACCGUUCCUACUUUCGUCCCGGUCCAGCCAGAGCUGGCACCUCAUAUUUGAACAAGGCGAUCUGGGAAGCACCAGAGGACCCAAGGCUCAGCUCAAGUGAUAGUUCGGUAGCAUCGGCUGGCGAGGAUGAGCCGCAAACCAGCCAGCAGGAAUCUCAUCAUAGUGAGCACAAGAAGAAAGCAGGCGAGAAAGCAAGUAGGAAGGCGAGCCACGAUGAGGGUAAAUACGGCCAUUUCAGCAUUGGUAAUCAGAACUACCAAACAUCCGGCAAGGUCAAAAAGGACGGUCGUUUGCGCAUCACGGUCAACGAAACUGCAGGCACUGGAUACUUGACUAAGGCUCUGGGUGCAGCUGUCAAUAAGGUUACUCCUGCAAAGGCUGAACAAGCGGACAGGGUGUCAACUCUCAAAAUUCCCGAAAGCCCACGCCGGUCAUCUUCUUCAACAGCUGUUACGGAUCCCAGACCUCAAGCACGCUUAAACAUUGUGAUCAUGGUUAUUGGUUCACGAGGAGAUGCCCAACCCUUCUUGAAGAUAGGCAAGGUUUUGAAAGAGGAUUAUGGACACCGAGUACGCAUCGCUACACAUCCAGCGUUUCGCGAAUUUGUCGAAAAAGAUUCCGGUCUUGAGUUCUUCUCUGUCGGGGGUGAUCCAUCAGAGCUCAUGGCUUUUAUGGUCAAGAAUCCAGGUCUGAUCCCAACGCUUGAGACAGUCAAGGCUGGAGAUAUUGGGAGACGGCGAGCCGCAAUGGCCACCAUGUUUGAUGGUUUCUGGCGAGCAUGCAUCAAUGCCACAGACGACGAAUCGGACCGCCAGAACUUAAAGAUGAUGGGCGAAAAGGACCCUUUUGUCGCGGACGUCAUUAUUGCUAACCCUCCAAGCUUUGCACAUAUUCACUGCGCCGAAGCACUUGGUAUUCCUGUUCAUUUAAUGUUUACCUUUCCCUACACACCUACACAAGCUUUCCCUCAUCCCUUGGCAAGCAUCAAGAAUUCCAAUGUGGACCCUGGAUAUACAAACUUCAUCUCUUACCCCCUAGUCGAGAUGAUGGUAUGGCAAGGUCUGGGAGAUCUGGUCAACGAAUUUCGUGUCAAGACUUUAUCUCUAGAUCCUGUCUCGACUCUCUGGGCUCCAGGUGCAACAUAUCGCCUGCAUGUGCCAUUCACAUAUUUGUGGUCACCGGGUCUUGUCCCAAAGCCACAAGACUGGGGAAGCGAGGUUGACGUGGCUGGCUUCGUAUUUCUUGACUUGGCUUCAACUUUUGAGCCACCGAAGGAACUGGAGGAAUUUCUAGCAGCUGGGGAGACUCCAAUCUACAUUGGGUUUGGAUCGAUUGUUGUUGAUGAUGCAGACAAAUUCACACAAAUGAUCUUCAAAGCUGUUGAGUUGGCUGGAGUUCGUGCCCUGGUAUCUAAGGGCUGGGGUGGACUUGGUGGUGACGAUGUUCCGGAGAAUAUCUUCAUGCUUGACAACACCCCCCAUGACUGGCUUUUCCCGAGAGUCAAGGCAUGCGUCAUUCACGGAGGCGCCGGAACAACAGCCAUUGCGCUCAAGUGUGGCAAGCCUACAAUGAUCGUUCCCUUCUUCGGCGACCAAAACUUUUGGGGUAAGAUGGUGAGCAACGCAAAUGUUGGACCGGAGCCAGUGCCAUACAAACACCUGAACGCCGAAAAGCUUGCUGAAGGUAUUGAAUUUUGUCUUACUGAAAAAGCAAGAGAUGCUGCUGGAGCAAUCGCCAAACGAAUCGCAGAGGAGGGUGAUGGCGCUGUUAAUGCCGUCAAAGAGUUUCACAGACAGCUGAACCUAAGGAGCCCGAGUCUCUUGCGAUGCUCCCUUCUCAAAGAUCACACAGCCGUUUGGGAGUUGAAAAACACCAAUAUUAAACUGGGUGCUUUGGCUGCCGACAUCCUAGUGGACAACGGCCUGUUGACCUGGAAGCGCCUGAGACUUCUCAGGCAUGUGGAAUGGAAUGACUUUGAAGGUCCCGGCGAACCUGUCACAGGAAUUGCCGGAUCCAUAGCUAGCACAGUCGGUGAAGCGUUUCACGGCGUUGCAAGCGUUCCUUACCAUUGGGCAAAAAGAACAAGAUCAAUCAGCAAGAAGAAGAAUCAGAGGAAUGCUAAGAAAUCUAAGAAGUCGGGCAACAGCAUAACACGACACAAUCCGGCGGACUCUGAUGACCCAGUGGAUGCUGCCUCGUUGCGCACUGAGACGACAGCUGGGGACACCGGAGGUCAGUAUGUGGGCGACAUAGCGAGCGGUGUGGAAAGGACAGCUACUGCCAUUGCCAAGGCACCAGUGGACCUCUCGAUGGCACUCGCCCAAGGCUUUCACAAUGCUCCUCGACUCUAUGGCGACAAUACCGUACGACGUCCCAUUCGAGUGACAGGCUUCCAUUCUGGCCUCCGGGCCGCCCGGCAUGAGUUUGCGUAUGGAGUCUACGAUGGCUUCACAGGAGUAGUUCGCCUGCCGGUUCGUGGAGCAAAAGAAAAUGGACCGAUUGGAUUCGUCAAGGGCACAGGUAUGGGAUUGACAGGCUUGGUCCUCAAAAACCUCUCUGCUAUUGUUGGCCCGAUCGGAUACACACUCAAAGGUGUCGUGAAGCAGGCUGAGCGGUCCAAGACGCCCCAGAAAUACAUCCGCCGGGCUCGCAUUGUCCAAGGGCAGAGGGAGUAUAAGGCGCUCCCAGAAGACCAGCGAAAGCAGUUGGAAAAGGAAAUUAUGGAGGGAUGGCAUAUAAUGGAUGAGUUGAGAGAGAAGAUCCAGGAUUUGGAGAAGCAAAGAGGCAUAGCGGGACAGAUCGAUCGAGUUCUCCUCGACACGGAAGCCAUUUUCGAAGACGUGGACGUUGCCAAGAGAUCCCUGGAAGCGCUCAAACAGGGAAAGGCCCUAGAAGAUGUGGUAGACCCAGAUCGAGACCGAGGUCGUGAUGGAGGAAAAUCCGAGCGAAAUCGAAGUAUGUCGAUUCGGAGAUCGUUUAAUUUGACAAAGAAGUCGAGGGAGGAAAAACGCCUCACAUCGCUGGCUGAUGCCGAGGAGAGCACAAAGACAGGCGGGGCAGAUGAAGGACCUGCUGAGAUGGAUAGACUGACCGUGCCAGCAAGGUAGCAUCGUUUGCUCGUGGGGAAGUGCAUGGCGUUGGGUUGCUGUGGUCUUUGAACGCAUAUCAUAUACCCAAGGAUCCUGUUUUAGACUAUAGUCACUGUAAGCUUAUUGAACUGUAUAAUUUCGUGAUAAAAAGUGUC